AUGAUAUGUCCUAUAGUCACUACUGACCAAUCUGUCCCAGUCAUAAGUGAACAAGUUGGAGUGGAUACUGGGAGUACUCUUGAAGACAAUGGGCUUUUAGAAGAAGACUUCACAGUAUAUCCCUUCACCACCCUUCUAGUUCCUCUCCAAAACCCACCAAGUAACCAAUCCAGGAAAGUGCCACCACCACCACCAUCAAUCCCUUCAUCGAAUAAUAGUUCAAGCAAGACAUGGAUAUAUGUUGUAGUUGGACCUCUUGGAGGGUUUUCCCUUACAGUGGUCCUUGGGGCUAUUGUCUUUUGCUUGUUCUUUCAUAAAAAGAAGAAACAUGACUCAAUUGUUGAUUCAGAGGUCUUUAAGGCACAUGAGAAACCAAAUAAGACAAAAGCGGAGGAAAAACUAGAGAAGUUCUUCUUGGAGGGUAUACACAAUAUAGCCCAAUACCUUAAAGUGUACAUUUUUGAAAAACUACAAUCUGCAACAAAUAAUUUCAGUCCUAGUUGUUGCAUCAAGGGUUCCGUUUUUCGUGGCACGAUCAAUGGCGAUUUUGCAGCCAUUAAGAAAAUUAAUGGAGAUGUGUCUCAUGAAAUCAAUUUGAUAAGCAAAAUCAACCAUUUCAAUCUUAUUCGCCUCUCAGGCGUUUGUUUCAAUGAUGGGAAUUGGUACCUUGUUUAUGAGUAUGUUGUCAAUGGACCGUUGGGUGACUGGCUCUAUUACAUGGAUGGAGAUCAAAAUUUCUUGAAUUGGAUACAGAGAAUACAGAUUGUCUCGGAUGUUGCCUCAGGGCUUAAUUAUCUCCAUAACUAUGCCUCUCCCGCGUAUGUCCACAAGGAUGUAAAGAGCAGUAAUGUUCUUCUUGAUGUCGAUUUCAGGGCAAAAAUCACGAACUUCAAUCUAGCAAGGUCAACAGAUGGGAAAUAA